GAUGAUUUCAUUAAAGUGAAACCUGAGUGGGUGACUUACAGUAGGAUUCGAGAGGCUACACUUCAAACUUCAAUUUUGUUUCAUGGUUCCGAUGAGUCUCAGAGACUUUGUUCCAUAAUUCCGAUGAGUCUCAGGUUGAGUAUAGGAGUACAAGACUUUACUUAUAUAUGUAUGGGAGUGAAUUAUCGAGAAAUUUGCAUACAGGUUCUCAAAUUCAGAUUCAUCUCAUGGCUUCCCAUCUUGGUCAGAGGAGUGCAACCCUUCCAAUCCAUUUUUUCAAGAUUAUUCUUGAAACUAAUGGUGAAAGGAUAAAAGUACCUAGUAAGUUUACAAGGAAACAUGGGAGUUGUCUGUCAAAUCCAGUGUCUCUUAGUACUCCAGAUUCAAAGAAAUGGAUAGUAUAUUGGACACAAGAGGAUGGUGAGGUUUGGUUCGAUAAGGGUUGGAAAGAGUUUGCUGAAAAUUAUUCCUUGAGUUAUGGAUAUUUUGUGCUGUUCAGAUUCAAAGGAACUUCCCAGAUUGAUGUAAUCAUACUUGACAAAAGUUCUGUAGAAUUAGAUUAUUUUUCUUCUGGGAAAGGACCAGUUAACACCAUGAAUGCAACUCAGAUGGGGCAAGAGGCAAGACCAAUGCCAUUAAUGGUCCCUUCUCAACCUCGUGGGAAAACCCAAAUGUGGAAUGUGGAAAGAGACCCCAAUGUGCAACAAGUGUAUGCAGAUAAGGGUGGUCCUUCCCAUCAAGGGACAAAUGUUCAGAAAAAAACCAAGCAGCAACCGGAUCGGAUGAGUCCUACUCAAGGUGGAACAUGUCUGAAUAGGCCAAGGUCACUAAAAGCUCAGAAAGUAACCAAGAAAUUUAAAUCAAAGCAUCCUUACUUCACGCUUUUGAUAGAACAGUCUAAGUUGGAAGAAAAUGCUACGAAACAUGUGCCAAAGUUUUUGGAUUGUACGAGGGGCCAGGUGGAUGUGAUGUUGCAGAUGGAGAACAGGGUUUGGUGGGUGAAGUUAAUCUGUUGUCGUGAAAAAUAUGAUCUUUUCUCUUCUGGUUGGCCUAAGUUUGCAAAAGAGAGUAAUUUGGAAGAUGGUGACGUUUGUGUCUUUGAGUUGAUUAAUACUGCAAUUCCGCAGCUUCAAGUUCAUGUCUUCAGAAGCUAGAUAUGUCCAUUUGGUUAUUUUAUGUUAUUGUAGUUGUGAGUUGUGGCUUUCUUUUAAUUUCUGAAUUUCUGUCAUUUCAGUUUAAUCAUGUAAUGCUGCUUCUGAUCAAUUUGA